AUGACGUCAUGGCGAUGUCUGGCCAGCUGGGGCAGAGCUGCCCAGUUCCGCCCAGUGCGGGCCCGUGUCACUCCCAGCUGGGUCCAGGGGCUCCCACUGACCCUCAGUAUGGGCCCCGUCACUCCCAGUCUGAUAUCAGUCACUUUCAGUCACGCCCAGUAUGAUUCCAGUCACUCCCAGGAAGAUACCACUCUCCCAGUUCCCCCUUUUCUCGACCCAUGGACACCCCCAGACCCCCCAAAUCUCCGUGUCCCCCCAGUUCUCCACUCCCUGCGUUACCUGGAUGUGGCAGUGACGGAGCCCAGCCCGAGGAUCCCUCAAUUCCUGUCCAUGGGAUACGUGGACGGGAUCCCCUUCGUGCGCUACGACAGCGAGCGGGGCCGGACGGAGCCGCUGACGCCGUGGAUGGCGGCCGGAGCCGAGCCGGAAUAUUGGGACACCGAGACCCAGAUCAAUGGGAGGUACCGGCAAAAGGACCCCGACCACCUGAAGAUGCUGCAGGGCCGGUACAACCAGAGCGGGGGUCUCCACACGCUGCAGCGGGAUUGCGGCUGUGAGCUCCUGUCCAAUGGGAACGUCCGUGGAUCCUAUCGGGAAGGCUAUGACGGGCGGGAUUUCCUUUCCUUCGAGUUGGGAUCUGGGAGCUUCGUGGCAGCCGACGGUGCUGCCCAGAUCAUCAAGAGGCACUGGGACUCUGAUGGGAUCACAGUGGACAGGUUGACAAAUUUCCUGGAGCACACCUGCCUGGAAGUGCUCCAGAAACAUGUCCAGUAUGGGCAGGAGGUGCUGGAGAAAAAAGAGCCUCCUGACGUCCAUGUGUCUGGAAAAGUGGAACACGGGAUCCUGACAUUGUCCUGCCGCGCGUACGGAUUCUACCCCGGGGUCAUCGAGAUCAACUGGCUGAAGGGGGAUGAAAUCUGGGAUCAGGAGACGGAGUGGGGCGGGAUCGUUCCCAACAGCGACGGCACCUUCCACAGCUGGGCCAGGAUCGAGGUGCUGCCGGGGGAGCGGGAGCAGUACCGGUGCCGGGUGGAGCACGCCGGAAUGCCGGAGCCCGGGAUCUUCGCCUGGGAGCCGGAAUCCGGCUGGAAUCUCAUCCUAUUGGUGGUCACGGUGUCCGUCAUUGCUGCCACCAUCAUCAUCAUCAUCAUCGGACUCAUCCACAUGAGAUUUGGCAUCCGGAAGCUCCAAUCCGGGAAGAGGAAGAGAUAUGUUGUGGCCAAUGGAACAGACAUGGGAACUGACUGCUCUCUCACAGGAAUGGAGCAGGAUCCAUGUGGGAUCCCUCAGGAAAAGAACGUGUUGCAGUGGCUCCGCGUGUCGUGACACGGGCUCCGACAGAGCCGCGUGCGGGAAGUGCCGGGAGUGGACUUUUAUUGAAGAAAAAGAGAAAUUUAAUUUAAUGGAAAUAUAUAUACAUAUGUAAAGAAACCUUUGUAAAUAUUUUCCCCUUCCCCCAACACUAAAUAGUUGUGUUUUGUCUGAAAACUCUCCACAUGAGGUGAGAAAGAUAUCAAGUCCAUGCCAUCACUAAACCCUCUCACAGGAGCAAAUUGUGGGAGGGGGGCUUGAACUUAGAAAUUGGAUUCUUGGGAGUUUCAAACCACCACAGGGGGGGACACAGAGGCUGGGGAGUCUGGCAGGACACUUCCUGGAUAGAGCCUAAAAUCUGGUCAGAGAAUGCAAACAACCCAAGCUGGCUGUGCUGAGCUCCCACUGGUGCCAAGGGGCUGCUUUUAGUGUUGGGUUGUGCUAAAACCAGCCUGGUUUGCCCAUUGCAAACACAUACCCUGCUUUUGGAAGCAGCAUUUGACUGAUAAGCUGCUGGCUGACCUGGAGAAAUGGGACUGGCAGUCAAACUCUUUAUUACUGUAAAAGCCCAGUCCAACUUUCAUGUGGCAGAUUCUUCCAGACUUUCCUGGAGUGUGUAGAGCUUGUCCCGUGGAGCAGGGAGGCCUCUUCAUGUUUACUGAGGGGUUGAGUUGUGGAGGAUCACAAAUCUGACUGGGAACGGUUCAAGGCCUGGAGGGAUGUGUAUGGGGCCUGAAGACUAUUAAUUCACAGACUGACUUGUUAUUCCCCAGUUUAUUACCAGUUUUAUACCAAGUUCAAUGUGCUCCCAUGUUAAUGCCCCUUGAUUUAUACUGUUCAGGGCUUGCCUGGACUUGCCCUCACGUUUUUCCUGCCAGAAGUUGUUUACUGCCUCGUUCUCCCUGGUUUUCCCGCUCAUCUCUCACCGGUUGGCUGAGGGAUGCCGCAGCGCAGAGGGAGCUCCCAUCGGUCCUUUCCCCUGGAUACUCCAGAGUCCCACCCAUCUUUCUCCUAUUCCCCAAUCCCAUUCUGCCCUGAGUUGUCAAUCCCAUGCUCCGCCCCAGUUGUGGAACCUCCCCUUACCCAUACCCUAUGUAACUCUCCAUUUCCCCCAAUAAAGUGGCAUUGCACCCCUGACCUUCAACUGAGUCCGAACCCUUUUGUGCAGUGUCGCGUCCCUAUUCCUUUUACCCUCGGGCCGUGGCAUUGAGUUGCACGGAGUUAUAUCAGUCUCCACUAAUGAUUGUUUCUUUUUACCAGCUUUGAUACAAUUUGAUGCAAUUGCUGUACUAGAAUUGCUUUGAUACAGGGCACUAUUUUGUGGUAUAUUAUACACUACUGGUAAGUUUUUAGUGUUUAUACUGUGUAGUAAACUAUUCUGGUUAAGAUCUUUCUUCUGUUCACUUGUCUGUUCAUUUGUCAUAAUAAAUAACUUUAUACAUAUAAA